CCCGCGGCCGUUGCGCUCAGACAGGCAGUUCCCCGUGGCUCUCCUUUGUGUCUGGGCCGGGCUCGGAGCGGCUCCGUGCGAGGGGCGACGCCUGUGGCCCCCUCCCCCGGGGCUCCGGGCGAUGCGGCGGGGCUGAGCGGGGGCAGCUGCCAACGGAGGAGGCGGGACAGGGCCCCGGGCCUGGCGCUGCCCGCGACCCGCCGCACCGCGCCCGCUCCCUCCCGCGCGGCUGCCGGGCCGCGAUGCCGCCGCGGGGCCGGGCCGGCGCCUGAGGGGCCGCGCACGGAGCUCGGGCCGGGCCGGGGGGGGAUGCAGAGCCGCUGUCGCGAGGGGGGCGCGUCGCCGAGCCGCCGCCGCCGCCUCGCGGGCACGGGCUGACAGGCUGAGGCGCGGGGCUGCGCGAGAAGCCGGCGCCGCAGCCAUGCGGGCGGGAGCAGCAAGGCAGGCGGCUCCUGGCGGCUGCCAUUUGCCUUGCCAGCCGGGCGCGUGAAGCGCUGCCCGGAGACUGGGAGGGGACCCUCCACCGGCUGCAUCGAUCCGCGUUUUCCUUCUCCUGCGCUGCCUCCUGCCUCUGCCCCCGGGAUGCCGGCCUCACUGCGGCGCCUCCUGCUGCUGCUCUGGCUCUCCGGUGCCACGGCGCUGCUCGGCAGUGCGGCUGCAACAGUGCAACAUGAAGGUGGACAGGAGCACAGCCCGGCAGUGUGGAGAGCAGCCGGAUCUGGCUGCGGCCCAGAGUGAGGAGCGGUUGUGUGCAUUUAAGGACCCAUAUCAACAGGACCAUGGGAUCAGUGAGAGUCGGAUCUCUCAGGAAAAUGGCACUAUUUUGUGUGUGAAAGGCAGCACUUGCUAUGGACUUUGGGAAAAAACACGAGAAGGAGACAUACAUCUUGUAAAGCAAGGAUGCUGGUCUCACAUAGGAGAUCCACAAGAGUGUCAUUUUGAGGAGUGUAUAGUAACAACCACCCCUUCCUUGAUUCAGAAUGGAACAUAUCGCUUCUGCUGUUGUAGCACUGACUUGUGUAAUGUCAACUUCACUGAAAACUUUCCACCUCCUGACCCUACUGAUACAACACCUUUCAAUCCAUCUCAUUCUUUUCACCGAGAUGAGACUAUAGUUAUCGCUUUGGCAUCAGUAUCUGUAUUAGCUGUUUUGAUUGCUGCUCUCUUCUUUGGAUACAGGAUGCUUGCAGGGGACCGUAAACAAGGUCUGCACAGUAUGAACAUGAUGGAAGCAGCAGCAUCAGAACCUUCACUUGACCUGGAUAAUCUCAAAUUGUUGGAGCUGAUUGGCCGGGGGCGAUAUGGAGCAGUAUAUAAAGGCUCCCUCGAUGAGCGUCCAGUGGCUGUAAAAGUAUUUUCCUUUGCCAACCGUCAGAACUUUAUCAAUGAGAGGAAUAUUUACAGAAUCCCACUGAUGGAACAUGACAAUGUUGCCCGCUUCAUUGUGGGAGAUGAGCGAUUUACUGCAGACGGACGUAUGGAAUAUUUAUUGGUGAUGGAAUAUUAUCCCAAUGGUUCUCUGUGCAAGUAUUUGAGUCUCCAUACAAGUGACUGGGUGAGCUCUUGUCGCUUAGCCCACUCAAUAACCAGGGGCCUGGCAUACCUUCACACGGAGUUGCCUCGAGGAGACCACUACAAACCUGCAAUUUCCCAUCGGGACUUGAAUAGCCGUAAUGUACUGGUGAAGAAUGACGGAACGUGUGUAAUUAGUGAUUUUGGACUAUCCAUGAAGCUAACUGGAAACAGACUGGUACGCCCAGGCGAGGAGGACAAUGCAGCCAUUAGUGAGGUUGGUACAAUCCGCUAUAUGGCACCAGAAGUACUGGAGGGAGCAGUGAACCUGAGGGACUGUGAAUCUGCUCUGAAACAAGUAGAUAUGUAUGCACUAGGCCUUAUCUACUGGGAGAUUUUUAUGAGGUGCACCGACCUCUUUCCAGGGGAGUCUGUGCCAGAGUACCAGAUGGCAUUCCAGACAGAAGUCGGAAACCAUCCCACUUUUGAAGAUAUGCAAGUCCUGGUGUCUAGGGAGAAGCAGAGACCAAAAUUCCCAGAAGCCUGGAAAGAGAACAGCCUGGCUAUAAGGUCACUAAAAGAGACAAUUGAAGACUGUUGGGACCAAGAUGCUGAAGCACGACUGACAGCCCAGUGUGCUGAGGAGAGAAUGGCUGAACUCAUGAUGAUUUGGGAGAGGAACAAAUCAGUUAGCCCAACAGUCAAUCCUAUGUCUACUGCCAUGCAAAAUGAACGCAACCUGUCACACCAUAGGCGUGUGUCAAAGAUCAGGCCCUAUCCAGAUUAUUCUUCUUCCUCCUACAUUGAAGACUCAAUCCACCACACUGACAGCAUUGUGAAGAACAUUUCCUCUGAGCAUUCAAUGUCCACUACGCCACUGACUUCAGGGGAAAAGAACAGAAACUCCAUUAACUAUGAAAGACAGCAAGCACAGGCUCGAAUCCCUAGUCCUGAGACUAGCGUCACCAGCUUGUCCACCAACACUACUACCACCAAUACAACUGGGCUUACUCCUAGUACUGGCAUGACAACUAUAUCUGAGAUGCCUUACUCAGAUGAAGCAAACCUACAUGCUACAAAUGUCAUGCAGCCUAUUGGGCCAACUCCUGUUUGUCUGCAGCUAACAGAGGAGGACCUGGAGACCAACAAGCUGGAUCCAAAAGAAGUGGAUAAGAACCUAAAGGAGAGUUCUGAUGAGAAUUUGAUGGAGCAUUCCCUGAAACAGUUCAGUGGACCAGAUCCACUCAGCAGUACCAGCUCUAGCUUGCUUUAUCCACUGAUAAAAUUAGCAGUAGAGGUAACUGGACAGCAGGACUUCUCACAAGCAGGGAAUGGUCAAGCAUGUUUGAUACCAGAUGUCCCAUCUGCUCAGGUCUACCCUCUACCGAAGCAGCAAAACUUGCCGAAGAGGCCUACUAGUCUACCCUUAAACACCAAAAAUUCAACAAAGGAGCCAAGACUGAAAUUUGGUGGCAAGCACAAAUCAAACUUGAAGCAAGUAGAAACUGGAGUUGCCAAGAUGAACACUAUCAAUACUGCAGAACCUCAUGUGGUAACAGUUACUAUGAAUGGAGUGGCUGGGAGGAGCCACAGCAUAAAUUCACAUGCUGUAACAACCCAGUAUGCCAAUGGAGCAGUGCCAUCUGGCCAGACGACCAGUUCCGUGACACACAGGGCCCAAGAAAUGCUUCAGAACCAGUUCAGUGGAGAGGACAGUCGGCUGAAUAUUAACUCAAGCCCUGAUGAGCAUGAACCUCUGCUGAGACGGGAGCAGCAAGUUAGCCACGAUGAAGGUGUUCUAGAUCGUUUAGUGGACAGGAGAGAGCGGCCGCUGGAUAAUGGACGAACAAAUGCCAAUAACAACAAUAGCAAUCCUUGCCCAGUGCAAGAUAUAGCUGCAGUCAGCAUCCAGAGCACAGCAACAAAUCCUAGCCAGACCCAGACCAGAAGAGCACAGAGGCCUAAUUCACUGGAUCUCUCAGCCACAAAUACUUUGGAUAGCAGUAGCAUGCAAUGUGACUCGUUGCAAGAUGGCAAGCCAGGCUCAGGAGAGAAGAUCAAGAAACGUGUGAAAACUCCUUAUUCACUGAAGCGGUGGCGCCCUUCAACAUGGGUCAUCUCUACUGAACCACUGGACUGCGAGGUCAACAAUAAUGGCAGCGACAGGGCAGUCCACUCUAAAUCCAGCACUGCUGUUUACCUUGCAGAAGGAGGUACUGCCACAACUAUGGUGUCUAAGGAUGCAGGAGUGAACUGUCUGUGAAAUAUUUUAAAAGUUGAUAAAAUGACAUUUUUGCAUUAUUUGAAACAAAAAUGCAGAAGACAUUUAAAAAAAAAACUGCUUUCUCCUCCUGUCCACAUCCCCUACCAAGGACUCGCUUUAAAUAGAUUUCAGCUAUGCAGAAAAUUUUUAGCUUAUGCUUCCAUAUUUUUUAAUUUUGUUUUAUUUUUUUGAACGUUUUUGCACUUUUAUUUAGUAUCGCUAAAGUUAAGUCUGUCUGUUUUUGACCACAAAAUUAUAUAUAUGUGUAUCAAAAAUGUGGUCUCAAAAUAUUUUUUUAAAAAAAUAACAAAAAAAGUAUUGCUGAUAAUCAGUUUAGACCAGUUUCUAAAGGUCACUAAAAACAUACAGACUAGAAGACAGGUUUGACUGCAGUGGUGUCUUGUAUCCAUGUUUUGAUUUCUGUGCACAAGCUAGUUUGUAUAUUUUUAUGUUACAAAGUGUAUUAUCUUUUGAACUCCCUACUUUUCUUGUGUUACGUUGAAAUGUGCAAUAGUCUUUAGUUCACAGUAAAGUGUGUUUUGAAACCAGCCACACAUUCUCCCCAUCUUUGUGAGUAUUUGUUAAUUUGUCCCUGACAAUUUAGCAGUCAAUCAUUCACGACAGUGAACUUUGCACGCCAUAGCCAGCUUGAAGCAGCUGCCUGUAUCUGUCCUUGUGCUCUAAGAUGACAAUGGAUAAUGCAUGAAUUUUCCCCACCUUGUAAGGGCUUUUAAAAAGGAACAAAAAAUAUGAUUUCAAAUACUUUUUCUUUAAUCCUUUAAACUUCUAUUCAGUUUACUUCAUAACAGAUAUUAUACUAGUUUGGGACAUUCUAAGAAGAAAAACAUAGGACAAAAUGUAAAGGAACAAAAUACGUCAGCCAUUUUUCCAUUUUAUUUUUGAUGCAGCUUCAUUAUUUGUAUUUAAGCAAACUUUCUUAUUGAUGUUAAUGUGUAUUUAAAAGUUUGUUUUUUGUCAGAAAUCCUAAUGAACUAUCCUGCUAAGAGUUCUAGUGAAGGUAGGUUGUUAAGACAUUUUGUUGCCUAGAAGAGUACUGACUUGUGAUUGGCCCAAAAUGGUCAUGUGUUGAAUCUCAGCUUUUACUAUUUAGCUCCUUAGAAUAAAUAUCUAUAUCCGGAGCAAUGUCAAGCACAUUACAUUUGCAAGUUUGUGCAUCUUAAUUGGCUGAUGCUGAAUUAAGUGAAAAUUAUUCUUCCCUUCAAAGUUUUUUUUUCUAGACCCUUUCAUUCAGUUUGCUGUUCAAAUUUUAAGCUAAACUUCAAAAAAUCAUGGUCAUGAGAUUAGUUUCUUUUUUCUUUUCCUAAUGAGAACAUUUAAAAUGUAUGUAACCCUACAUGCACUGAUGUCAGGUAUCAGUGACCGGUAAUGUAAUACUUGUUGGGGUAAGUAUUGAUCUCAGCUUCUUUUCAAGCCAAUAUUAUUAUCAUCUUCUCAGGGCAAUAAUACUGGCUGCUGACUUUAACAGAACUCACUGCCCCCAUAUAAGGACAUUGGCUCAGGAGUAAUUUUGUCUUGCUGAAAAAAAUUAAACACAAAGUAGCUAAAGAACUGUAGAAUCCGGCUUGCUGUGAUACUGAGCAACAUUUUUCACUUGUGUUGGGAAACUGCUCAAAUCCUUAAGGCUUAGAAAAUAAAAAAAACCCUUAACCUGUGAUGAAAAAUAAGUCAGCACACCAAAUGCCAAUAGCAGGAUAUUGGUGGGCAAGAACUGCACACAACCCAUCUUUCUUCAGUUGACUCUGGCUGAAUUUUUGUCCUUUCAAGCCCAGUUAUUUCCUGAUCUUGCUAUCAUACAGUUUCUCCAUGAGAGACCCUUUAUUGACUCUGUUCCUAUACCUGUAAUAACAAAGCCUUUUCUCCUACUCCUUACACUUUCUUGUUUCCUUGUAUCUCUAUAGCUUCUUCUUUUCAUGCUUUUUAAAUGCUCUUGGUCAGAAUCUGCUAUCAGAUAUGUCUUUAUAAAUAUAGACCAGGUUUGGGCAAAAUGCAGCCCAUGGGCUGGAUGUGGCCCGCCAGGCCAUUCUAUCUGCCCAUAGGGCCCCUAAAAAAAUUAGACAAUUAAUAGUUAUCUGCCCCUGGCUGCCUGUCAUGUGGCCCUUGAUGGCUUUCCAAAACUCAGUAAGCAGCCCUCCACCCAAAAUAAUUGCCUGCCCCUGAUACAGACUGUCCCCAUAUAGUGCACAAGCAUAAAGCAGGGCCAAACUUGUCCUCCAUCUUUUAUCACUAAGCACUGUCCAAACCUUUUAAUCAAAUAGCUCUCCUUCUCUCAGAGACACAAUGCUUUGUUAUGCUGGUGUGCAAAUAUACAACUAUUUUUUGGCAGAAAAAAGACUAAUUUUCUCCAUGUUGUUCUCAUGUCUUUCUCCUGCUUGCCGUCUGCUGCCGGCUCACAUCCCAGACAUUGAAAACUUGCCACUUACUUACAGAUUGGCUUGCCUACACAUUUAUCUAAAUUAAUGGUAUUACGGUCUUAAUAUUACUUCUAGAUUUUGUCUCUUUCUGUGUUUAUCUUCAUUUCAAAUUCUUCACACUUUGGGAGGUUUCAGCUUGACUGUCUCGAAUAGAAUUCCUUGUUUUUUGCAACAAUUAUCAUAUCAUGCAUGCUAAAGACUGUUCACAUCUCUUCCAUUGACUUCUUGCUUUGCCUUACAUGAAUAAUUUAUCAUUUCAAAAUGUUAGUUUGACAAGCAUCUGUAAGACACUCAUGCUUUUAUCUGACUUGAAACACACUAGGGCAGGAAAAGUUAUUUGCUCUAGCUACUGCUGCUUUUUGCCAAGACUGAUUUGCACCGGUCUUCUAGCCUUUGUUUUCAAGCCAGUCCUUAGUGGAAAUUCCAAGUUUUUUAUACUUAAUGCAAUCAAAAGAUUUAAUGAAAUCACUCCGCCAGUGCCUUUCUGGCAUUCUGCAGUUUUCCUUUUUCGUUCACAGAAAUUUUGCUGAAAACCUUUGAGGUAAAUCAUAAUUGUUAGAAGGUUUCUAUUACAUGAUCUAGCAUAUAUAAAUACAAUUUCAAUACAAUACAAGUGUGUACACUUUAUCGUAGUAUACCUGGUAAAUCCAACUGAAAUGGCAUAAUUCUUCUCAAGGUCAAUCCAAUUACAUUUUGAAUAGAUACUAGAAUGCUCUAAUUUUGCAGAGGUACAUGAGAUUGGAUUACUAUAGCUUAAUUUUAAUGUACAAUUGGUAAAGUCCCUUUAUGCCCAGAGUAAGUUAUCUAAACUUUAAAACAGAACGCAGUCCCUAUAAAUUAAAUUAUAUUAAAUCACAGUUCACAAAAAUACUUCAGGAAAUUACUGUUAAGGGAAUCAAAUUAAGUAGGAGAAUUCUAAAAAUCAAAUCUAUAUAAAUAAUUAAUGUGCAGUAAAUCAGUUUUGAAAAGUCCAGUUAUAUAUAUGAUGCAUUUGUUGAGUAACAAUACAUCAAAAUUGUGUCUAAAAAUCUCUUCUAUACACAUUUACAUGUAUUUUUCAUAUCCUUUUUCCUGUAGCUAUUAGGAUUAAAGAGCUUUUCUGGAGUAAGCAGAUGGAUAGGAGGAUAUUUUUUUAUCUAACCAUCAUAAAACCAAAUGCUUUUCAGUUUUGAAUCAUGGCCACACCAAGAUUUUGACCCCAGUAAUCUUUGUAAAAAAAGCCCCAACAUUCUGUCGCUACUAAAACCAAGCAAUUUUUGAUGUGAACAAAAGGCAUAAAAAGGCUAUAAUUCAACUAUAUGAAAAAAACAGAAUAUAGAUGACAUUUGUGAUUUUUACAUUUAAGUGCCCCAUUUCAGAAAAUUACAUAAUAUAUCUUGAUUUUCUUUUAAAUUAAGAGUUAUUUACUUUUAAUUACACUAUUUUAAAUAUAUCUGGGAGUAGUAUAUGUAUAUAUGCCACAAUGCUUGCUGGAUGGACCCUGCUGCAUGUUCCUGUGAUAUCUGUAAAGUAUUUGACAUAGAGGUUUCAAAAAAUUCCACUUGUGUUACCUUAAUAGAAAUAUAUUCAAAAAGCAAUUUUAUUAUAGGACAAAAAAUUAAAAGGCCAGCUGUUUUGUCCUUGAAUCAGCAUAGCUUUUCUGGAAAUUGUCUACAUGCUCUGUGUUAAAUUGCCAAAAUAUGUCAGAACAGUGGAUUUCUCCAUGUUUGUAUCUUAAUUAUUGGAUCUCCCAUAUAUAGAUUUACAUUUAUACUUUUGAGAUCCUGACUUGGAACUAUGAAUACUGGUGAUACAGGUUUCCACCAUUGUCCAUAACUGGGCUUGCAGUCCACCAAUUCUAUAUAACAUAAAAAAAACUAGUAAUCAAUGGGACAGCUAGGAAAACAAAAACUUGAAUAGGUUUGGUUCCUGUCAGUCGUGAUUUAAAUUCCUGCAUGCAGGUCAACCCAGGAAAAAUAUUUCAUUUUAUGCUGUGAUUUCUCCUUGCACUUAGAAUAGUAGUUACUUAUUACUGAAACAGAAAAAGCAAUCAAGUAAAAAAAAAACAAAACAAAAAAACCACACUGAAAUAAUCACUGCCUAGUAAAGUGGAGUAUACCUAUAAGCUGUGUCCUGAUUUAACUUCUUUGGACUGAGAAUCGUUUGUAAGAAUUUAGCAAACCAGUAACCCAUCAGAUUAGUCCAUGAAACCUGCACUGCAGACUGGUUCAUUCAGCAUCUUCUGUAUCUGGAUUGUGGAAUUGUCUCUUGGAUUGUGACAUUUUCUCUCAGGUGCCCAACACUAUUUAAAACAGAAAAUUCAUUUCAGUAGAUUUCUGUUUCUCAGUUGCUCAACACUUUUCAUAGAAUCAUAGAACCAGAAGAGACCUGUAACAUCAAAAAGUCUAUUCCCCUGCCAUGGGCAGAAAGUUAUUGGGCUCAGUUGAGCUCAGCAAGGUGCCUGUCCAGCCUCCUUCUGAACACCUCCAAGGAUGGUGACUGCAUCACCUCUGCUGGGAUCGUGUUCCAGAUUCUGGCGACCCUUACAGAGAAGAAGUUUUUCCUUAGAUCUAGCCUGAAUUUACCCUCUAUAAGCUUAUGUCCAUUGGUCCUUGUCCUCCCUUGAGGUGCAUUCCUGAAGGGUUGCUCACCUAGAUCUUGGUGUUCACCCCGACGUACUUGAGGGCAGCUAUCAAGUCACCUCUCAGCCUUCUCUUACUCGGACUGAACAGGCCCAAGUCCCAGAGUCUCUACUCCUAGGGCCUACCCUCCAUUCCCUUUACCAUACAGGUGGCACUUCUCUGUACCUUCUUGAGCUAUUUCAUAUUCUUCUUGAAGUGUGGUGCCCAGAACUGGACACAGUACUCCAGCUGAGGCCUUACCAGUGCCAAAUAGAGAGGGAGGAGCACCUCCCUGGAUCUACUGGACACACAUCAGCUGAUGCACACCAGAGCUCUUUGCUUUCCUGGUGUCCUCAUCACACUGCUGGCUCAUUUUCAUCUUCUGGUUGAUCGUAACCCCUAGGUCUUGUUCAGAUGCUGUGCCAGCCAGGGCCACCACCCAUCGUGUAGUUGUAGUGAGGGUUCUUCUUACCCAUAUGAUGGACUUUGCACUUAUCCCUGUUAAACCUCAUCUGAUUCCGAUUUGCCCAGGAGUCCAGUCUGUCAAGGUCAUCCUGAAUUCUGACCCUGUCAUUCAGUGUGCCUGGGUUUCCCUACAAUUUGGUAUCAUCCAUGAACUUAAUAAUUCCACCUCCUCAUCCAAGUCAUUAAUGAAUAUAUUGAAGAGCAUGAGCCCAAGCUCCAAUCCUUGGGAGACACCACUAGAGACGGCCCUCCAGGAUGAGACCAUCCCAUCAGUUACCAGCCAGAGGGUGGUAAUUUUUCUAUGCUUUUAAGUCCUUUCUCACUGCAGAAACUAUUUAUGAAUUGGAGCCAUUAAACAUAUUUUGUAUGUAAACUUUGUAUAUGUAUUUAGAUGCAUAUAUGUAAUGCAUUGAUUCCAAUAUUAAAUAUUAUGGCUAAGUAUCAGAGAAUCUGCUCAGUAUCACAGUAUAAUGUACUAGCUAAGUAUCAUGCAUUUUUCAUAGGCAUUAUUACCAUAUUAUGAUAGAAAUUGAGCUCGGACUACUAAAAUCAUUUACUUCCUAAGUAGAUAAAGGUAAUUAGCUGCGUUAAUAUGAAGUCUGGGCGGGCAGGGUGGUACCUUAUAGACUAACUUGUUCAGAGAGGCAGGAGCUUUCAUACUACAGCCUGCUUUGUCUGUCUGCUCAUAGCACCUGAUGAAGUAGGCUGUAGCUUACAAAAGCUCAUGCCUCUUUGAAUGAGUUAGCCUGUAAAGUGCCACCCUGCUUUACCUUCUGCCUAAUUUUAUUAAUAUUAUUGUUUAAUAUCCCUCAGGAUAGAACCUAGUCAUUGCCUUUAUCUGUGUAAAAUAGAUUUACUUUGAAAAGGGAAAAAAGCUGGGAAUGCAAUUAAUAAUGAAAUUCAUUGGAGGAUAAAUAAUAUAAGGUUGCUUUGUCAAAGUUACACUCAGAAUACUAGCAUUACGCCAUAACUUGAAGUGUUUUAUUUUUAUAAGACCUUACUGUUCUCAUGGCUAAAGCUAUGUGAACAGGUCACAGGCCCUUAAACCUACUGAAAAUAAAAAGUCCUUUUCUAUGCUUUAAUCACAUAGGUUCCCACCAGAAAUAUGGCUAGGUUUGGUUUUGGAGCUUUUUUUUUUUUUUUUUAACAGUUAGGUUUUGGUAUAAAAUAGAUUUCGCAAUCUGAGAUUUUUCCAGCACCCACAGAAGUUGAUGCCAAAUCUUCCACUGCCUGUUGUGUGGACAAGGUAAAGAUUUUUGGCACAUAACAAUUUUUCAAAGAAACAGGCUGCUUCUAACCAGCUUGUUUCAGCUAUCACUGAAGUCAAAGGAAAAUGUUGCCAUUGAUUUAAACUGAAGCAGGAUCAGCCCCUCUGGCCUUGCUUAUACAAGAGGGGUUUUUUUCCCUUAAAAUUUCUCACCCUGCUUAGCACUGAUGCAGCUGCAGUGGUGGAAGUAGUGAUGUAUGCAUGCUGAUGCUGCCUGUUGGCUUUGUGAGCAUGGUUAGCUAAUGUUGAUUAAAACCCACACACCUUGUCUAUGAUAAUCCCAGUAUGGCUGCUACCAGUAAGUGGAAUUGUACUACCAUUGGUAGCACUGAGAGGAAAUUUUAAAAUAAAAUGUCCAGUUCUCAUUCUCAGGGAUAUUAAAAUCCCUACAUGCUGCUUCAGCCAUAGUUGAGGUGUGAUACAUUUAUACCUGUUGUUCUAAUGUUCACAUUUUAUUGCACAUGUUAAGGCCAUGUCUAGUUAUCUUAUUCUGAAGCUCAAGUGGCUUACAUUAUAUAAGUACAUAAUAAAACAACCCAUUUUAGAUGACUGUAUAAUGUCAUUUAUUUAAAAAACCUGCCAACCAGUAGUGAUCUAAAAUUGCAAACAAUUCAAAAGAGACAUUUUGGUUAAUCCCAAUGCAUAGUCCAUGUUUUAACAAAUUUAGUAAUUGUCAUAGUUUGGAAAAACUUCUUCAAAUCUCAUCCAGCUUCUUGAUUAAAUUAAUCCAUGAGUUUGGGUGAGAGACCUGUUAGGGUUUCUAUUUAUAUAUUAUGUGCCCUUUAUUUUAAACAGUUGUUGCCUCCCUCAUACUUUUGACAUUUUAAAUAAUAGAAAUAACUCCUUUCUUUAUAAAUUAAUAGCCCAGGGGUCUUCCAUAAAACAAAUUUUCACAUGUAUUCACUUGCUAGCUUUGCAGGCAGAGCAGAAAUGUUAAAUUUCAUUCUAGAGCACUUGAUUCAGUCUUGUAUGCAUAAGAACUGCACAGCAAAGUAGUUUGUAGUCUUAUUUUACUCUGUCUCAGACUAUCCUGCUUACCCUUUUUCUUCACCUAAAGGGAAAGGAAAUUGCUAAUAGUGAGUUUCAGUAAUAAGAUUGUCACAGAAAUUCACAAAAACCAGGCAAAUCCAAGAUAAAGCUGACUCCAUUGUUCACUUUGAAUGUCCUGGUGUGUGGCUUUUCUCUCUCUUUCACAAUGUUAAAAUGUAUUUAAAAAGAUUAUUAUAUGUAAUGUUUUUGUCUGGUUUUGUCUCUAGAGGAAAAUGUUCUGUAUUCACAUUGGUAGAAGCUGGAAUCAUAACUUUACAACUCUAGCUGAUUACUUUAUCCUCAAAAUAAAUUAAACAAGAAAAGUGAAUGAACACUGAUUUCUAGGAUUUGGUGUUUAGUAGAAGCUGAAAUACGGAGAGGUGAAACUGCCAUUCUCCUAUGGAAGAGCGAAAAUUGUAAGAUAGAGAGCACUAAUUUCUGAGCGAGCUUUUAUGGAGGGGAAAAAUCCUUAAAUGAUACAGUCUCAUCAGAACCCUCUUGUUAACGGGUAUUUUUGUUUAUUUUUUUCUCUCAAAUUAUGAGGAAAUAUCAUGUAUGAAUUUAUAAAUAAUUACUUCAGUUUAUUUUUCUUUUGUAUAAGCUGCCCAAUACCUCGCUAUGCUGUAUAAGUUGUGUUUUAUGGAACAGUGUGAGUAUGAAAUAAAAAAGCUAAUUACUUUUCCUUUUUUUUAAUUAUCUGUGGAUGCCACUAUGAAAGCUGACAUUGUUGAAGCCACUACAGAGUUUUCUAUGAAUUCUUGUAAGAAAAUGCUUUGUUUAUAUAUAAACCUGAAUAAAGAGAUUGUAUUGAUACAGAGACAUUGGAUAAGAACAUUUAAAGACUAUUCUUUAGGUUUAAAAGAAAAGGCUUGCUGUAAAAUGGUGCAUUAUUCCAUUUAUUAAAGAUCAUAUUAAUGACAAAA